CCCCGCGCCCCUCACCGCGCGCGCCCACCGAGCAGCAGCCAUGCCGCCGCGGCGCAGCAUCGUGGAGGUGAAGGUGCUGGACGUGCAGAAGCGGCGCGUGCCCAACAAGCAUUACGUCUAUAUCAUCCGGGUCACAUGGUCCAGUGGCUCCACGGAAGCCAUUUACAGGCGCUAUAGCAAGUUCUUUGACUUGCAGAUGCAGAUGUUGGACAAAUUUCCCAUGGAAGGGGGACAGAAGGACCCCAAGCAGCGGAUCAUACCCUUUCUGCCAGGUAAAAUCCUCUUUCGACGGAGCCAUAUCCGGGAUGUGGCAGUCAAACGCCUGAUACCGAUUGAUGAAUACUGUAAGGCCCUGAUUCAGCUGCCUCCGUAUAUUUCUCAGUGUGAUGAGGUGCUGCAGUUCUUUGAGACAAGGCCUGAGGACCUGAAUCCCCCCAAAGAAGAGCACACUGGAAAAAAGAAAUCUGGGAGCGACCUGACGUCAGGAGACCCCAUGGUUCUGGAGCAGUAUGUGGUGGUGGCAGACUACCAGAAGCAGGAGAGCUCGGAGAUCAGCCUCAGUGUGGGGCAGGUGGUUGACAUCAUCGAGAAGAACGAGUCAGGCUGGUGGUUUGUCAGCACCGCUGAAGAGCAAGGCUGGGUCCCUGCCACCUGCCUUGAAGGGCAGGAUGGCGUGCAGGACGAGUUCUCCCUCCAGCCCGAGGAAGAGGAGAAGUACACAGUUGUCUACCCGUACGCAGCUCGUGACCAGGAUGAGAUGAACCUGGAGAGAGGGGCUAUGGUGGAAGUCAUCCAGAAAAACCUGGAAGGCUGGUGGAAGAUCAGGUUCCAGGGCAAAGAAGGGUGGGCCCCCGCGUCCUAUCUAAAGAAGAGCGGAGGAGAGCCCCUGAAGCUGGGUCCUGCCUCUUCCAGUCACUCAGGGACUCUCGACCUGGACGGCGUUGGGCGGCAGCAGACCGCCACGGGCAGGGAGAAGGAGCUGCUCAACAACCAGAGGGAUGGCCGCUGCGAAGGCCGCUUGGUGUCUGAUGGCGACGUGAAGCAGAGAUCACCAAAGAUGAGGCAGAGACCCCCUCCUCGCCGGGAUAUGACCAUUCCUCGAGGUCUCAACCUGCCGAAGCCCCCCAUCCCACCCCAGGUGGAAGAAGAGUACUACACCAUUGCUGAGUUCCAGACCACCAUCCCAGAUGGCAUUAGCUUCCAGGCUGGCCUGAAGGUCGAGGUAAUUGAGAAGAGCUUGAGUGGCUGGUGGUACAUUCAGAUGGAAGAUAAGGAAGGGUGGGCGCCGGCAACCUUCAUUGACAAGUACAAAAAGACCAGCAAUGCCUCCAGACCCAACUUUUUGGCGCCCCUGCCCCAUGAGAUGACCCAGCUUCGGCUCGGGGAUGCAGCAGGGAUGGAGCAUAGCACGAGCAAUGAAGUUCUGGGCCCCUCCAGGCCCCUCCCAGAGGCACCACAUGGUACUGUGGACUCCGGCUAUGAGGAAAUCUCAGACCCGGACCUGGAGGAAAAGCCUAGCCUCCCUCCUCGAAAGGAGUCUAUCAUCAAGUCAGAAGGAGCACUGCUGGAGAGGGAGCGGCCGAGGGUCGAGCAGCACUGGGCUUCCUCACCCAAGCCUCCCGGCUCAGUUUUGCCAAUGACUCCAUCCAAGCACAGCCCUCCAGCCCGGGACAGCAGGAAGCCAGAGCCCAAACCUGAUAAAAGCAAGUUGUUCCAGCUGAAAAAUGACUUGGGGCUCGAGUGCGGCCACAAGGUUUUGGCCAAGGAGGUAAAGAAGCCCAACCUCCGGCCCAUCUCCAAAGCCAAGGCCGAGGCGCCCGAGGAAAAGCCAGGAGCCGCCCCCCAAAACCCAUUCCUGAAGUCCAGACCUCAAGUCAGGCCCAAACCAUCUCCUUCCCCUAGGACAGAGCCAGCUCAGGGUGAAGACCAAGUGGAUAUCUGCAACCUCAGGAGGAAGCUCAGGCCCGCCAAGUCCCCAGAGAAGGAUGGGGAAAACCACCAGGCUGCGAGGGGCCAAGACACAGCCCUGAGCCAAGGCUUCCUCCCCGGGGAGGGACCUGCCCAUGCCCAGGACCGGUCUGGCAGACAGGAGGGGCUCAGCCCCAAAGAGAUGUCCUGCAGAGCCCCACCAAGGCCAACCAAGAGUGCGGAUCCUGGGCCCAAGAACGUACCCAUGCCUCUCCAAGAAGCUACCCAGCAAAGACCUGCGGUCCCACCCAGGAGGCCACCUCCCCCCAAAAGCAUAGCAUCGUCAUCCUCCAGGGCCUCCCCUGAGGUCAGACCACAGCAUGAAGGCCAUGAAAACAGGGCUGCUCCUACUCCAGGCCGCCCCCUCUUGGUUCCGCCCAAAGCCAAACCUUUUCUCUCUAACUAUUCUGUGAGCCAAGAUGACAUACGAGGCAAAGGUGGCCCAGGACCACGUACAGCCAGCAAGAUGGGGGAAAACAGGAAGGGAGGACCCGCAGCCUCCUUCCCCAAAACCGAGGGCUUGAAAGACACUUUAUAUGUGGCUGUGGCCAACUUUGAAGGAGAUGAAGAUACCAGCAGCUUCCAGGAAGGGACGGUGUUUGAAGUCCGGGAGAAGAACAGCAGCGGCUGGUGGUUUUGCCAUGUUGUCAGUGGGGCCCCUUCCUGGGAAGGCUGGAUUCCUUCCAACUACCUCAGGAAGAAGCCCUAGCCUGCCCCUCCCUGCGUGGCCACACUGUCCCUGCGGGCCUACCCCGCAUACUUAACAAUCAUACUUUACUAGGCUCCAUGAAUUUCAAAGGACGGGUGCCCAGUAGGGCUGGCUUCUUCCCUCCCGUGACGGAGUGAGUGGCUGGGAUGGCAGGGGCUCUGAGUCUGACCCCCACCGUCCCGGCAAUCCCCGGGACUCAUAGGCCACAGCUGACGAGAUGGAAAUCCACACUGGCUCCUUGCCUUAACAAGAAAAUGCUUACUCCACUCAGUGGCACUGCCCCCUGGCAGUGGGACAGAGACUUCUCAGACUCCAGGGCCCAGACCUGGCAACUAAAGAAACGCUGGGAAGUCUCUUGUUGCUUAGAGGCAAAUGGUAAGAGGUAGUGCCCCCAGUCUGUGGUGACUGGCUCCAGCAGCUCCCUGUGCCUCCAGGCCUGUGGCUGUAUUCAGUUUCCAAAAUUCCUACCAUAGGGAGAACUGUCUAUUGAAGCUGACUCCGUUGCCAAUCUUCAGAAAGUGUCUUCUUCAAGCCCUGGGGGCCUUCGGCGUCUGAGGCCUCACCACAUGCAGCGACCCUUGAAGUGGCUCUGGAGAGCAUUUCAGCUCCCGUCUUCUGCCUUGGGACUGUGACUCAUCCCCACGAUGUGGCCCCACCCCGGAGCAUGCUUCACUCUCCUGCUGCAGACUCUGGUCCAACCAGGGCUUUUAAAAUGAGAAUUCCUGCACCCUCUUUGGGGCUUCUCAUUUUUGUCUACCUGGAAUCAGAGUCUCCACGCUUGUUUGAAGAAGGGAGCAUUUGAAAGGCACAUGACUCACGAGCACCCCUUUGCUGAGUAGCUAGUUGGUGCCAAAACUGUUCUUGGCACUUUGCAUUCAUGGUUUACCCUCGCAACUUCCUUGUAAUAUUAUAGCCAUUUUCUGGUUAGGAAACCGAGGCUCAGUGUGCCCAAGAAGACAAUGGAGAAGAAAGGAGGAGCGAGGGUUGAGGCCUGCCUAACCCCAGGGUCUGUGGUCUUCCCUCUGUGAGAGGCAAAUCAGUCAGGGAAGAAACUAGGCCUGAGGAGCAAGUGGCCAAGUAGCUUCUUUGUGAUGUGAGUGGUGAUGCUCAUGGCUGCUCCUUCCUCCUCUCUCCCAGCCAUUCCUGGACUCCCAGUUGCUUCUCCAGGGCAGGGGAUGGCCCUGGUUCUGGAGGAACAGAGCUCUGUGCUCUGCUUCUUUGCUGGUGUCCUCUGGGGGAUGGUGCAUGUCGGGCAAAGGGAGCGGGGGGUCUCCUGCUGGCUGAGCAACGGUGGCUCUGUGAGUCGACGGGCUUCCUGCUCCACUCUGCCCCGUUAGGGUGGUGGAACCUAAGCCAACCACUUCACAUGUUUUACUGGAUAGGGCUGAGGCCUGAGUAAGCCCCAGAGUCAGCCAGGACCCAGGUCUAACACUCAGAUCACAACUGAGGCCUGAGGACGUCCCCAGAAUCAGCCAGGACCCAGGUCUAACACUCAGCUCACAACUGAGGACGUCCCCAGAGUCAGCCAGGACCCAGGUCUAACACUCAGCUCACAACUGAGGCCUGAGUAAGCCCCAGAGUCAGCCAGGACCCAGGUCUAACACUCAGCUCACAACUGAGGCCUAAGUAAGCCCCAGAGUCAGCCAGGACCCAGGUCUAACACUCAGCUCACAACUGAGGCCUGAGUAAGCCCCAGAGUCAGCCAGGACCCAGGUCUAACACUCAGCUCACAACUGAGGCCUGAGGACGUCCCCAGAAUCAGCCAGGACCCAGGUCUAACACUCAGCUCGGACUGCUUCAGCCUAUAACCUGGCUACAGAAGAGGAGACAGCUCUGCCCUGCUAGCCUGCCCCCAGAGAGGUCCACGUCAGUGCUUUUAAAACCACAAAGCCAGCUUUCCAUGGAUGCCUGCAUCUACAUAGAGUGCCAAAAGUUUUGUUCCUCCCCUGGCCCCUGCCACAGGCUCUGGAAGCUUCUUCAAGGAAAGGGAUUUCCUCUGGCCAAAGUAACAUGUGUCGCUUCCUCCUUUGCUGAGCCUGCAGGUCCACACCUAGGUUGUCUUGGGACACUGCAGGAGUGUGGGCGAUGGUGUCUUUGGAGAGUCUCUCCAACACCCCUGACUCGGGAUGUUGUCCUGACUUUUUAACCUACUAGGGUUUAAGAAGUGUCUGUAAAGCUGUUUUGCAGGGUUUAACUACUUUUCAAAAGACAAAACUGUUUCUGGUUUGCUUUUGGCUUUCCAUGACCUUUUCAGAUAUUUUGUGAGUGCUGACCAUGUGCUAGGCACUGGGUAGGCAGUGGUGUGGUAAAGAAUUUAAGUGUUUCUGCUGGCUCUACCAAAGGAGAGUCCCUGUCCAUUUCCUUCUUCUCCCAAAGAUGAAGACAGGGAGGAUGCGUAAGCUUACCUUCCUGUGGCCACAAUGCUUUCCUGAAGCUGAAGGAAUGCCUUUUCUUCUGUUAUUAUUCUGGCAUGACUGAUAGGUACAGGAGAAACAUUCCUUCCUGUUGUUGGGGAGAAUUCCUGUGUCUGGCUCCAUCUACUUUAACUGUUUAUUUAAGUUACAACAUCCACACUUGUUGUUGCUGGUCUUGGAGCAAUGAUAGGCAUAAUUCCUGACAGGUUCCUGAACUUGGAAAAUAUCCACGGCUCUAGAAGCGCUGUCCAUACCAAAUACCGGACAAGUUACAAGCCUUGAAUACACUACUGCCCUCAGCUAGUCUUCACAGCAGCCCUGGGGGUGACUAGUAUUGGCCCUUAAGUGUGGCCUAGUGCAGAGUAGCUGAGUCUCUUUUUCCCAAACAGUGGCCAUGCCAAGACAAAAAUCCAGAAUAAAAGGAAGUGGCGCUGUGGCUCAAGCGUUAGAGCGCUCGCCUUGAGCUGAAGAGCGCAAGGACAGUGCCCAAGC